AUGCCCCGCUGCCUCACCAUCCAAACCAAGUCUGCCGUUGAGAGCAAGGCCGCACUAUGCCGUAUUUGCUGCACCGCUUGGCUGCUGGUACCCGUACCUGGUGUGCGUGACUCCCCGUUGGCGUCGACGAACGAAUGGGAUCUGUACCGACGGACAGGACGUCGGUCCUGGGUUCAUUGCCGUCUAGGCCGGUCCAUCGGGUGGUCGUCGUCGUCGAUGUGCUUGUGCGUGUGCCUGCUCUGGCAAACUCUGGUAGAUGGUAUCGUCUGGCACUCGCCGAAGCGCUUGACUGGACAUGACUGGCUGACGAGGAACGACUGGCAGAAACCUGGGUGGCAGCCCCGUGGUGGCAGCGUGGCAGCCUGCGUGAAUCCCUGA